AUGUCAACGGCCGCCCUCCGAGUAAAGUUCCCCACUACAUGGCCCGGAUGGCAUAUCCCAGAGUUCGUGCUGUACGAAGCCAAUCCUUCAUCUCCAUCGGUUGCCUCGUCUAAUGGGUCUUCGUGUGCGGACUCUGACGAAUCAGACAUCGGGGGCCAGCCGUUGAUUAUUGUGAGUGUUGAUGAAGAGACCAGCACUGACUAUGGUUCGGACUCGCCGGUUUUCAGUGCGACGAUGAAAGGGAAUUGGAGCAAGCCACGAGAUGGGAUAAUCUCAAGCAGUGCCGAAAGAAGGAUUGUGCUGAAGUUUGCGAUGCGAGAGGACCUGGUGCCCGACCUCGUGGAAGAAGCUGCGAUGUACGAUGCGUCGCUGCGUUCGCUGCAGGGCAGGGUGAUCCCGAAAUGCUACGGUCUUUACGAAGGACAGGGCGAGGAGGGCCAGCUGAUCGCGUGUCUGAUACUCGAACGCUGGGGCGAAUGCGUAGAUCGCCCGUUUUGGAUGUUGGCAGUUGAUCUUAGGCUUCGUAUUCUAGACCAGCUGCAUGACAUCCACCGAUGUGGAUACUGGCACAAUGACUUUGCAGAGCGUAAUGUUUUGCUCAGCAAACCUGUUGGGGACGAUUGCGAUACCAACGAUGCGAUAUUGGACGUCAGGAUAAUCGAUCUGAGCGAGAUCAUGCCGCAUACCUGCGAGCUGGUCAAAGGAGUGCAGGGGUUUUCCGAGGGAUGGUCACCAACUCCUACGUACUCCGAUAACGAUGGUAAAAAGGUAGAUUGGAGAGUAGGAAAGCCCGCGCCGGACGUGGAUGACUUUGGAUGUGGGUUGCUUUGGAAGGUGUGGGACGAAUGCGUCGUGAUCUGCCGCGCACUUUCACCGUAG